CUCUGACAGAGUUCCCGGAGCAUAUUCGCAGUGCGCACUGAGCGCUAGUGUGCAUCCGGAGUAAGCCCAGUAAGAAAUGGCGCAUGCGGACGUGAGUAGAUAAGUUAAAAACAAAGAUUGGCCAUCUUGGAGCCAGUCUCUAGUUAAGCAAUGAGGGAGUGUGGUAUAUGGCAAAUAUACCACGGCUAAGGGCUGUUCUUAUUUUAUUUAUUUAACCAGGUAGGCCAGUUGAGAACAAGUUCUCAUUUACAACUGCGACCUGGCCAAGAUAAAGCAAAGCAGUGAGAUACAAACAGCAACACAGAGUUACACAUGGACUAAUCAAAUGUACAGGAGGCUGAAGAAAUUCGGCUUGUCACCAAAAGCACUCACAAACUUCUACAGAUGCACAAUCGAGAGCAUCCUGUCAGGCUGUAUCACCGCCUGGUACGGCAACUGCUCCGCCCACAACCGUAAGGCUCUCCAGAGGGUAGUGAGGUCUGCACAACGCAUCACCGGGGGCAAACUACCUGCCCUCCAGGACACCUACACCACCCGAUGUUACAGGAAGGCCAUAAAGAUCAUCAAGGACAACAACCACCCGAGACACUGCCUGUUCACCCCGCUAUCAUCCAGAAGGCGAGGUGGGUGUAGCAGGAGAAACCCACAGUCUGCCGUGUCCUCAGCGUUCACGCAUGUGGAGAGCGUCGAGCUGGUCCUGCCUCCACACGCUAAUCACCACGGCAACACCUCCGGACGACAAAUCAUGGCUUGGAUGGAGAACGCAGCCACAGUGGCAGCCAGGUACCCUCUAUCUAACAGGGUUCUAUGGCUGUCCCCAUAGGAUAGCCCUUUUUGGUUCCAUGUAGAACCCAUAAAAGGCUUCUUCUAUGGCAGGGGAAGGCAACCUUGUUCCUGGAGUGCUGCAGGAUUUUUGUUCCAACUAGGCACCACACCAGAUCGUGCUAAUUGAUCAGUUGAGUGAUUGCCUAAAUUCAACACACCCAGUCUCCCAGGUUGGUUAAAUCCAAAAACACUGCGUCACUCCAGGACCAGGGUUGCCUACCCCUGUCCUGUGGGGACAGCCGAAGAACCCUUUUUUUCUAAGAGUGUAGGUACACACGCACACCUUACACUCUCUCUCUCUCUCCAGUCGUUUGUGUGACCGCCCCUUCGGAGGUCUGUAGACAUGUUCCGCUUCAGAGGGCCCUCCUCUGUAGGAGACAGACUGGUCUUUAAGGCUGUGGUCAACAACACAUUUAACAACAGUAUUGAGGUAGGUGUCCUGAGUGGAGGCCUGUAACUGUGAGGAGUGGACUGCGAACAAAGCGCGUCACAUCAACAGCGCCUCCCUCAUCUACCAGCUGGCUAACACACCUGGAGACGUACCUGCCUGUCCCUCAAGUCACAUACACCAACAAGGACGGGGACAGGAGAUACCCGUCUGCCAUCGUAAGGAAGAGAAUUAUUGAUGGCUAGAAAGCACACCCUGUCCUGUAAGGAGGAGGCUCCUAUCUCUGUCCCCUGGGAUAAAAGGAACCAGGUGUAUCUGGGUUUUGACAAUGUAGCAGCUCUGACUGUACUGACCGGGGAAACAAGACUGGGGAAGCCAGCAGCAUCAGUGACAAGAUCGGUGUGUUUGUCCAUGGGGAGCUGCUGCUUUGUGUCCCAAGUUCAGAUGGUCAUGACCUCUGCCCUACAUGCCUUCACCCUAUUGGCUGACCUCACACUGCGACCUCUUUGGGGGACACUAUCUGGACCCCCAUGUGCUAGGCCUGAGGUCUGUAACCGUGGAAACAUCUCCCCCCCUGACCUCGCCUUCUGGAUGAUAGCGGGGUGAACAGGCAGUGGCUCGGGUGGUUGUUGUCCUUGACAAUCGUUAGCCCUCACAAUUCAGAGACAAUGUGUUAAAACCAUGUGUUCCAGGUGUGUUACCACAACCAGGUGACGUCAGGCGUGUUGCCGCAUGUAACCUGGCAGGCUGGUCUAAGUCUAUGGAGGAGACGGCUAGCACACGUACCACCUUCCUGGAGAGACACCACACACACUAAACCGGAGUCUGAUGGUUGAAUUGAUACUAUAUGGAGACUCAUGAUUCUAACGAGACAAAACACGUCUCUAGUCGAGCGGAGGCUAAUACAGGUGUCCAAUUUACCCAAAAUGUCUUGGUCACAUCAAAUGUAGGUCAUGUAUGUAAUAUCAGUCUAAUUUAUUGAAUUUUGCAAGAAAUAUUUCAGAUGUUGAUGUGAAUGAACGUGCAGUAAUAAUGAUACUCGAUGACAAAACAAAUGAUGUGAAAUGCAAAUAAAAACCUAUAUUUUUAA